AUGUCCAACAAGUACUCUCAGGAGUCAACUACUCGGAAACGUUUUGCAGCUCAUCACGAGCAACUUUCUGAAAUCACCAAGACUGUCGACGAUGUUGCUAAACGUCUCGAACAGAAGAUCGAGAGAAUGGAGAACAAUGAAGGAUCUCAUAAGAUGACAUCAGAACUGAUUGAAUCACUCCGUGAACAACUUGCUUCGAAACAACUCGAGUUGAGUCAUGUUACUGCAGAAAGGGAUCACGCUGUCAAUGCUUUGGAUGUCAAGGAGAACGAACUCCUCGCAUUGAAAAAGAAUGAACUGAAGAGAUCAAAACAGCAAGAAAAGAAUGAUUGUGAUUCGUUCAAGAAACAAAUCGCAGAACUCGAGUUGAAGUUGUCGGAGAAGAACUCUGAGUUGAAGGAGAAAAAUGAGAUUCUGGAGAACAUGAGAAUCUCAAGAAAGCAGGCCAAGAAGGAUCAUCAGAAGAAAAUCAAGAGUAUGGCCAAAGAGAUGGAAACAAAGAUUGAGGAAAUUGAUAAGUUCUGUCAGGAGAAGAUGAUGGAGAGUCAGAAGCAAGUUCAGCAACUCGAAGAAGAUAUGAAGGAUCAAAUUAAAGAGAUUGAGAUGGCAUGGGCUGAGAAAUCAACUGGAAAGCAAAAUGUCGAUUCGGACUGUGCAUCCGAAAUCAGCAUGGAAUCCGGAUUCUUUGAACUUUCGGGAAGAAGUACUCCAGAACCAACUAACGACUUUGAUGCUAUUCCUGCAUCAACUUAUGGAAGAAUGUGCUCAAUGUUGAAUGACUCGGCUGAAAGGAUUCAAUACUUGGAAGCUACCCUCUAUGAGCAAAACAACUGGAUGGAGAACUAUUUGAGCCAAACCUCGUUUCUUAUCUCUUAUUUCUUCAUGCAGAAUUCGUUGCCAGUAGUGGAAAAUGUUUUGAUGACGAUGAGAAGCACGGCUGAAGAGGAACUCAAAUGGGAAGAGCAGAUUCGACGAGAGAUCGAUGAUAUUGAAUCGCGAAUCAGGGAUAUUGAGUUCUGGGAAUCUUUACUUUGA